CAACUACAAAUCCCAGCAUGCCUAUCGAGGCGUCCUGGAUCGCUAUUGGCUGCAGGCUCCGACGUCCCGUUCCUCCCUGUGCCCGGGCCGGCCGGUCGGUCGGCGCAGCUGGGUGUGUGUGUGUAUCUUUCUGAGUUUGGUGCCGGAGCAAGCGGGGAGAACAGCGGCUGCUGCUGCGAGUUCGGCUUGGCAGGAGCCAUGGCAGCUGCCUUAGGCGUCGCCAGGGCUCAGCGAGCGCGCCGGUGUCUGCUGCUGCAGCUGCCAGGGGCCUUCCGAGCUCCGCUUGGCCGAGGCUGCCGCUCUGGGGUGCCGGCGCGGCAGCAGCAGGCGCUCGCGGUGCCUUCAGCCUCUGCGGAGGUGAGGAGAGCGGAGGGGGCCGGGGCAGGUGGGUGGCUGGCUGGGUGGGUGGAAGGCGCUAUGCAUAGCUCAGCCCUAGCAGGGUCUCCUUCAGAAAUAAGCCUUGCUGCAUUCAUUGCGGGCCUCGCUUCCUCCCAGGUAAGUGGGUGGGGGUGACUGCGGCGCUAAGCGUGUUUACUCGGGAGUAGGUCGAGGGGAGUUUCUUUCCCCUUCAGUCAAUGUCCCUGUGUGGGGUUUUCCUCACCAUGGCGCUUCCAGGCUGUGGGCAAGUGGGAGACAGGCACGCGCCGCCGACGCAUUUCAACUUGCGCAAUUUCAAGCCGGUGUUGGAGAGGUCUGUUGGAAGCAAGCCCCACGGAUUGGACUUUUUUGUUACUCUUGCAAUAAAUAGAAAGGGAAAGGCAGGGCGGAGCGGCGAGAUGAAUGUUCAACUGAAACAAGUUGUCUUGCAAGCGCCCAGGUCCAGCCCAGCGUGCAUGGAUGGCGUGGUGGGAAGUGGUUUUCUGAAUGAAACGGCGAAGGAGUUGGGUUAUGCUGAGUCUGGAGAGGACAGGGUUAAGAUGCAGCAUGAGAACACAGAGGCAAGGAAUAAAUGUUGUCUUUUGGGGAGGGGGGCACCAAAUGGGUCAGGCCCGAAACCACAGGUUCCAAAUGCAAUGAACCCUUUCCUAGGAUGAAGUUCCUCGUUUUUAAUCAGAGGCCAGAUGGCGUCCUCUCAGCAAUUCUGUAGCAGAGCAUUUUUUUGCCUUAUUGGGGGAUUGGACUAGGCAAACUUGGAGGUCCCUUCCAACUGUAAUUCCACCAAUGUAUGCUGGAUAAGGGAAGUGUGCAGUUAAAAAGCCCCUGGAUGAUUUCUGUGUAUAAUUUAUGGCACAGUGAAAUAUUGCGUAAGUAUUCUGGAACAAGGGUCCUUAAACUUCACACACACACACACACACACCCUCCCCAGGCCCUCUGGAAAUGGAUGAAAAUGACCCACCAGUCACAAAACGGUGACAGAAGGAGAUACAGUGGUACAUUGGGUUAAGUACUUAAUUCGUUCCGGAGGUCCGUUCUUAACCUGAAACUGUUCUUAACUUGAAGCACCGCUUUAGCUAAUGGGGCCUCCUGCUUCGCCGCUGGAGCACGAUUUCUGUUCUCAUCCUGAAGCAAAGUUCUUAACCUGAGGUUAGUACCUCUGGGUUAGCGGAGUCUGUAACCUGAAGUUUCUGGGUUAGCGGAGUCUGUAAGCUGAAGCGUAUGUAACCCGAGCUACCACUGUAGUUUGUCACAAUCCACUGAUAAAUAGUGACAUCACUUUCUACUGAUAUCUAAUCCAUCUUUGGGAAUUGCAAAAUUCUCUGACACAACAUUUUUCUUGCAGCAAGGAGUUCCAUAGCUCAGCUUUCCUCAAAGUACAGAUACUUGCUCUGGAAGUACUGACAGCCUCCUCUUUGAAGGCAGAGUAUGCUCAUCCAGAGGCUGUUACAUAUUUUUCUCUUCCCACCCAUACAUCUCCAAGUAAAUUCUACCCAUCUCCUGUAAUUUCUUCUCCUAUUUCACACUCAAUUUCUGUCACCCUCAUGCCAGUUUUAUUUAACCCCAUCUGCUUGCUACGUUUACUUGUUUACUGCUAACAAUUAAUCACAGAAUUGUAGAGGUGAAAGGGACCUCAAGGGUCAUCUAGUCCAACCCCCUGCAAUGCAUGAAUCUCAGCUAAAACAUUCGGGACUGUUGGCCAUCCAACCUCUGCUUAAAAAUAUCCAAUGAAGGAUAGACCACCACCUUUUGAGGGACACCAUUCCACUGUUCUACCUGAAAAGUUAAGUUUUGCCAUUCGGAAUAGGUUUGGAGACAGAACAAAAUUAACUCCCAACAGGUUAGCACUGGUAAUCUGGAUUGCAUGUACAGUACAGAUAAGAAGAAAUAAUUUGGGAGUUAUUAAAAGCAGGUGGUUACAUGUUAUACUAUAUUAUCUUUUACUUUGUCAGCACUUAACCAAAUGUUCUAUAAAAAGUGCAAAGCACACAUUUCUAGCUUAGAGCUGUCUAGGUUGAAGUACAGAAAAGAAAAACAAGUUAAUGCAGAAAAAUGUUUGGUUAUUUAUAUACUCCUAAUAGUCAAGGCAAGACGAUCUUUUACUGUACAUCACCCACAGCAUCUUCAACGGAACUUCCACUUACCUGGAAGUGAGCUGCGUUAGAUUUAGAGUGACCUUUUUCUUCUCUUUUUCAGUACUGAAAAUGUUAAGUUUAAUUAGCUAUUACAGUAGGUUAUCAUAACAUAUAAAUGACCUAUCUAUGAAUGAGUUAAACAUUAAUCAAUGUAAACAUAGUGAUAAUGUAAUAUCAUUGGUCUUAUAAUAGGAUCAAAAUGUUCCUGCAAUAAAAUGUAUGUAUUGAUUGUAUAUAGGACUAAUGUAUAUCAUUCAAUAAGAAAGAGGCUCUACUUUCCCAUGAACCUGGGACUUACUUUUGAGUAGACGUUGUUCUAUCCAUCAUAUAUAGGAUCUACAAAUUAAAAAAUCAUAGAUCCACUUAAUAAUAACUAAAAUAGACAACGCUAUAUGUUUUUUUAAAAUGCCAGGGUCUAUAUUGACUGUCAUGCUAAAAGCCAUUAGGUAGUCUUUUCAACAAUAUGCACCAUAAAACUGUGUGUGUCGGGGGGCUAUGUAUGUGCAGCCUCUAUGAAUAUUUUUUCACAUUGGGAAAUUGUGUAUAAUGAUUAGCUAUUGGAGCCAUCCACUUUGUGGCAUGAAAAAACUUACUGCUGAAAGUUACCAAACAGCUAUUCAGAAAAUCAGGCAGAGAGAUAACUCAGCUAAAUUUUGUCACUUUGAAUAUAUGCUAUGUGUAAUUCUUGUUAACUUUAAUAAUUUAGAUAACUUUAAUUCAUACAGAGCAACUUUUUGUUUGGUUUUUGACAACUAUGACAACUUCUAAUCCUUCCAAGAAAUGCCACUACAGCAAUCAUUCCUAUGCACCGUGUGUAUAAGCACAGGUAUGAAGCUUCUGAGAUAUCUCCUGGCAGCAGGUUGGAAAGGCACUAAAUUUAUCUCCCUCAGAAAGCUGUGUAGGUUGUUCUCAGAAACUGACUUUCUCUAGUAGCAUAUUAUUUAUACAUAAAGCUUAUGGUUUCAUUUCACAUGUCCAGAAGGAAUGGGACGUGUGUUGAUAGUUCUAACCAACAUACAGUAGUUUUAAAUAUGUAGAAAAAUAAAGGAGAUAAUUUAAUUCUUAUUCCCAUACUUUAAUGCAUGCACACAUGAAUGACAGUUUCCAGACUUCUUCCACAUGUUGGCAUUAUCAGGAAACUAAAAUAAAGCCUUUUUGCAUGAAGGAGCAGAGCUAUGCUGCGAGGAUCAGAAUUCGUUUUAAAUUGUCGCCACGACCUGUGUGGGUCAAAGUAAAACAAAAUACAGCAAUGUAAACUGUUGUAGGAUGGAAAAUAUGCCCUUCCCCACCCAUCCAACUGAGGACACUUAGGGUUGGAGACAGGAUUUGCCUCCAGUCAGCAGGAUCACAUUUGGUUCUGCACAUUUAAGUGCCAGGUUUGCCUCCCUAACCUUAGGAAUGUUUUUAAGGUUAGGGAGCCAAACCCAGCCCUUGCUCUGGGUGGUUCCACCUCUACAGCAGAGACAGAUUAUACAGAGACCCACUGCCCUCCUCACCAACUUCUAUAGGGAACCCUUCUAGGACUCCACAUGUGCACUUCUCAGUGGUAAGCACAUCUUUUGUUUGGAUGAGAUAUGAGUGGGUUCUUGCCCUUUCAAUAAUCCUUGCUUCCAAACAAGAUCUCACCUCUCCUCUGAAUUAGGAGAGGGGCAGGAUCAGUGGUGACCAAAAAUGUUGUCCUUGGUAAGAAGCUAAAAAGUAGUAGUUGGACCAUCAGACUGUGUGUUAUGCAGUACCUUUCUCUGCCAGUAGUAAUGGUGGGCAUUUUGCUAUUUCUGCAGAAAACUACUGUAUUGUUUCCGCUCGGCCUCAGACCUGUUUUUCACGAUCAACUUGUAAAUCACAUUGAAACUAGUUUAAAAGCAAAGAGCCUCAGGCUAAGAAAGAGAUGACAUAACGUUACAGUGGCAGAAUGUCUGUACAUCACAAAGUAAUGAGAAGUAAACAUCCUGUCUUUCUCUGUGUGUUUGUUGUAUCCCUUCCAUUCAUGUGAUAGGUUGCAGUCUUUACUGCUCAAUAGUCCAAGGUGACAUUAACGCAGUGGAUUCAAGAUUGUAAAUAAGGUAUUUGAGGGAGCACUUUCCCCCAUAAGUCACUAUGCCUUCAAGUUUGAAACUUAAUUUUGUGGGUGUUACAUCUGCCCUGGUGUUUUUGCUAGCCAUAUUGAGCCCAAGCCACAGUCUGCAAAUCUGCUUCUUACUAUAAUUAACAAAAAUGUUAGUGCAGGUAUAAUGCCAGCUGUAGUUAGCUCUAAAACAGAAAUGGAGGCAUAAUGGGAGGAACACACAAACUCAUGAGAUGCAUCCAGUUCCUUAACCAUGGCAGAGUUGCAUCUGUACCAAACCAUAGUUUAUGGAUGAGGUGAACUGGAGACUUUCCACGUAACACUCAUUAGUGGUUUAGCGUGCUAACUCUCAGAAUUAUACGCAACUUGAAAUAUAAUGUUUUAUGUCACUUUUGUAUACAUAAUACAACUUACCAUGAAAUGGUGUGUAUGCACAUGCACACACUGGGGCCUAGUGUCAAACAACAUCUGUUCUCUGUUUCUGGGCACCUUGAUAAUACCAGAGUUUUUAGCAUAGGUAGAAUUUCAAUUCAAUCCUUGAAUUUUUAAUGAGAUGAGUGCCUCUCUAAAUAUCCUUAAAGAGUUUCAGGGCAUUAAAAAUAUCAAAAUCACAAGUGGUACCAUUUGUGCUUUUAUGUCUGCCUCCAGAAUACAGACACAUUCUUCCUUCCUCCUACUACUCACAAUGUUAUCUAUCUGGGGUUUUUCCCCCAACUGAAAACAUUUAAUGUCUUCAGGAUGCCAGAGAGAGGGAGAGGGAGGGAGAGAGAAACACAUUAUUUUUGGAAAACAUGGUUAUGAAAAGAAAGGUUGCAGUGAUGCAGGUAUUUCAAAAGAGAGAGACAAGUACAUAUUCACACAGCUAUAAAGCGAGAGUAUAUUUAAGCUUCCCUAUUUCUUAUUACUGUCAAUGUAAGUAAAGUGUUAAGAGUUGUGAAAUCCUAAUGGCCUGGAAACCUCAAAAGAGUUCCACAUGGUAUUGUGGAAUUCAUGUCCCUUACAUAACAGCUGCGUUUAGUGAUCCUAAUAAUUUGCUUUGGCUCUGUUUCACACACGCUACAGCAACAAACCAGGAUUUGUUACCAAGUGUUUUCCAACAUCUCUUUGUCAUAUUCACACUUUAGCUUUGUGGGUGCAAACUUUUUUAAAAAACCAAAGAACUUAGCUCUGUAUCUAAGAAUAUAUGAUGUUACUUUUUUAAUGGUUCAGUAAUCUUUAAAGUUUGGUAAUCUGUAAGUGGUGAGAUUUCUUUAAAUGAGCCAAUUGAUUAGCGAGGCAGUGUUGUCUUAUUGAUCAAGAAGCUUCUGUGUUCGGAGUUGCAGAGUAGCUGGCUUGUAACUGCUUAAAACUGAAUUCUAGCUCCUCACAGCCUCUGCUGAAGAAUAGAGUUAGCACUUUUUCAUAGCUGUAAAAAUGGAAAGUGUUGAGACUAUUCAGAAAUGGCACAAAAUUAUUGAAUUCAUCCUGUCACAUGAGACAUCUUAGCCCCCCCUCCUCCUGAAACUGGGAAUUAUAAGUCAACCAGGCAUGUGAUAGGUUAUGAAUUUCUGGCACAUAGAUAUCACUUUCCUGACAACAAAAUAUCUUAAUCAGCAAACAUCUUUAUUUCUGUGCAGGUUAAUUUAUUAUCUGUCACACUUCCUCGCCUUUUGUGCCCUUUAUCUUGUGUGGCUGCAAGCUUUUAUUUCAGCUCUUGAACAAACCACAGUUCCCCAUUACAUCUGAACUUGAAGAACUGUGGUUUUCUUAAAUGGUGGUUUCAGUUCAGUGCAGUACUGUAUUUGAAUCUGGGGUAUGAUCCCAGCUUGUUAUAAGAAACUGAUACUAAACCAGUUUCCUUAGUUCUGACGUAUCAGCAAAACCUUGUUUCUUCCUUGAGGCCAGAGGUGGGGGGGGGGAGCAUGUAAAUCCAAAGCCAAACUUCUCAUUCGACCCAUGUUCUUUUUAACAUCAAAGUCUACCAUCCCACAGUAUAAAUCCAUUACACUUGUUAUGAUUUGAACAGCAUGGUCUAUUGAUUACCCCCUUUGAGGUUCUGCCCAUAUGUUUUGUUGUUGUUGCACUUUUUGAUGGAAUGAUAAAUAAAUAAUCAUUAUAUUAUUUGGAGGGUGGAGUCAAGAAUGACAGCUGCACGUCCCUGCAUUGCAGGGGGUUGGACUAGAUGAUCCUCAGGAUCCCUUCCACCUCUACAAUUCUGUGAUUCUGUUAUUCAGUUUAGGGCUGUCGGCGCUCAAGUUAACAAGAUUUACUAGAAUCUGGCAAGCUGACAGCUGUCACACAGUCAAGUGAAGAACCACCAGAGCUUAAAGCUGAAAUAGUAUAUCCAUGUGAACCUUCAGAGUCUACAGAUAAGCUGCUUUAGAGUGGCUGGUUCACUUUUUAAAAAUGCUCUUGCCUGAGGUUGUUUGAAGGUAGGCAGUAUUUUAAGGUAGAUUUUCAGGUUUCUUGUAUGCGGGCUUAAGCUUUUGCGGGCAUGACCCUCAGCUUUCAGGAGAACAAAAUAUGACAGACAAUGGGAGAGAGCAACAGGGAAUAGCAUAUUCCUUUAUUUAGUAUUACUCAGUAACAGAAUCACUGAGAUAGUAAAUCCUCAAAGCAAGGUUUUCCAUCCGGCAUGGGUGUUAAGAGAAAUAAAAUAAUCUGAUAAACAUACAGAAUGUACCUGUCUGCUGAGCUAUUCUGCUGGAGGAUUGUGGAAGCAGACUGUUACAGUGGUGCCCCGCAAGACGAAUGCCUCGCAAGACGGAAAAACCGCUAGACGAAAGGGUUUUCCGUUUUGAAGUUGCUUCGCAGGACGAAUUCCCCUAUGGGCUUGCUUCGCAAGACGAAAAUGUCUUGCGAGUCUUGAGAUUUUUUUUUCGCUUUCCACCCUAUAUCUAAUCUGCUAAGCCUUUAAUAGCCUUUAAUAGCCUUUUAGCAGCUAAUCCCUAAGCCUUUAAGCCUUUAAUAGCCGCUAAACAGCUGAUAGCGCUAAUAGCGCUAAUCCGUCAAUGGGCUUGCUUCGCAAGACGAAAAAACCGCUAGACGAAGACUCUUGCGGAACGGAUUAAUUUCGUCUUGCGAGGCACCACUGUAAUUUCAUUGCAGUUGUAUACUUUGUCUAGCGAAAUCAAAGUAUAAUAACUUGUCCCGUCUACACUAUUCAUUUAAAGUACUGUAAUUCUGAUUUAAAGGGACGCGGGUGGAGCUGUGGGGUAAACCACAGAGCCUAGGGCUUGCCGAUCAGAAGGUCAGCGGUUUGAAUCCCCACAACGGGGUGAGCUCCCAUUACUCGGUCCCAGCUCCUGCCAACCUAGCAGUUUGAAAGCACGUCAAGUGCAAGUAGAUAAAUAGGUACCGCUCCAGCGGGAAGGUAAACAGCGUUACCGUGCACUGCUCUGGUUCGCCAGAAGUGGCUUAGUCAUGCUGGCCACAUGACCCCGAAGCUGUACGCCGGCUCCCUCAGCCAAUAAAGCGAGAUGAGCGCCGCAACCCCAGAGUCAGCUACUACUGAACCUAAUGGUCAGGGGUCCCUUUACCUUUACCCUUAAUUCUGAUUUAACUGAAUUCAUAGAGAAUUCUGGGAAUUGUAGUUUAAGGGUGCUGACCUCACAGAGCUACAGUUCCCAACGCCCAUAACAAUCUGCUGGGAUUCUUCAUUAUUGUUGAAGCGGUAUAAUCAUUCUUUAAAGGUAGAGUGUGGAUGUGACCAUAUUAUAUAUUAUAUAGCAUCCAUUAGGCAUUCUGUCACUAUCACUGCCUCUGAGACAGUCAUGACACCACAGAAAGGCAAGAGGAUGUUGUAGGGGAAUUGCCAGGAGAAAGAGCUUUGCAGAUGAAUGUAAUUCAGUCUUGCCCCUCUUAUUUCAGAAUCUCUGAGAUAAAUGUCACAUACGAGGGUGUCUUCCCUUGUGUUGUAAUGAAUCUGUACCCCCCCCCCAAAAAAAAUCUUGGGUGGAGAGGAAACUCCCACCCCAUGCAGACGGCCGGAUGAUAAAGAGGAUCCCCUGUGUGGUAGGUGGAGGGGGUUCCACCUUCACCAGGGGUUUGUGUGGAUACACAGCCCCUUCCUUUUGGGGUACUGGUGAUCUAGCUGACUUUCUUUUCUGUGCCUGAACGAACUGAGUUGAAUUGAAUUAACAGACCUCUGCUGAUACAGUGGACUUCGCUUUCCUCCCAUUGUCACCCCCCCCCAAAAAAAAAUCUGCUCUGGGUGGGUCUGCAGGAGCCUGGUGUUAUAGCGGAAAUUCAUUUUGUGAGCAACGGUAUGCUUAUCUGACAUUGGAUCCCACAAUGUAAAAAAGGUAAACCCUGGACAGUUAAGUCCAGUCAAAGGGGUUGCAGCGCUCCUCUCACUUUCAGGCUAAGGGAGCCGGCGUUUGUCCACAGACGGCUUUCCGGGUCAUGUGGCCAGCAUGACUAAACGGCUUCUGGCGCAAAGGCAGCAAUCCAUCCUCAUUUGCUUCUUGGCUGUCAAAAAACCUAGCAACUAUUUAUUUUUAUUAUUAUUUACUGCAUUUCCAAAUCACUUCCCAUGAAGCAUGUUGAAACACUUUACAAUCUACUAAAUCAUAUAAGACAGAUUUAUAUAUAUAUAAAAACUGUUUAAAACAAUGGCAUAUUCAUAACAUCUACUACCCAAAUCAGAUAACAACUGGCAUAAAGGUUCUGGAAAUCUUGUUGAAAGAGGAAUGUCUAGAUGAUUGGGAUGAAACAGGCGUACUGUUUAACAUUUAGAAGGGGGAUGCCAUGAAAUUGAAUAAAACGUAGAUAUACAGACUUGCUCUUUGUUUAUUUAAACUGAAACUGGAGAAGCAGCCCUCUGUUCUGAAGCCUGUCCUGUGUGGUUUGCCAUUUUCCUUGUGCUACAUCCAAUUUCCAUCUAAAAAGCAACGGCAUGAGAAACAUCGUUAAUAAAUGAUUCAAGAGGUCACUGUGGCCAUUCAUUCAGACCUUUGACAUUGUGUUCUCCAUAUUGUGUAAUCUGUAACACGAUGUAUCCCAUGGGAACACACACACACACACACACACACACACACACUCUUGCAAUCACUUAAUCACUCCAAAUGUUUUGGCCAAGGUUAGUAGCCAUUGUAGAAUUGGCAGUUUGAGGACAAUAAUUCAAGAUUUCGGAAAGAAAAGUGUUUGAUGGAUAGGAACGUAAUACCUGUCACUGAAAAUCAGGCAUAACUGUAGAUAUUCUAAAGAAAAGUAAUACUGAUUCGCUGAAUGACAGCUGAGAAAUAAGAAGGUUUUUUUCUCGCCACUGAGGUGUGUUAGUGGAGGGAGAGGUAUGGAAAAGUAGUGUGCCAUCUUUCCUGAAUAGGUUUCAGUUCAAAGCAAGAAAUUAUUUGCAGAGCAUGUGGCAAUAGCUGAGGGUUUUUAAUUGUAGGAUGCUAUUAAAUGCCAGUCCAGAAUACUGCAUUAAUGGGAGACAAAUUGAGCUUGUAAUUACCUCCUUCACAAAUUUCAAUUGGUAACAUGAAAACACUUAUUUGACUUGGGAUAAAGGUUUUAGAACUCAGAGGAACUUUUCAAAGGGACAAUGCCAAGAAAACAGCAUUUUGCAGUUCAAGGGCUAACAUGUUUUCUGGUACUAGCCUAUUAUUUAAAAAAUGCUUCUAUAAUUUCAAUUUGAAGAGGAUAAUGCUCUGCAGUUCCUAAAUGAGAUGGAGUUUGAAUAUUUAACAUUUCCUAGGGUACAGUUCACAGGUUACAUGUUAAUGUGGUCUCAUUGUACAAGAUUCAGCUAGUGAAACCUGUGUAAGGACUUCCACUUGCACAAUGGACUUCUUCUCCUUUCCCUGCAUGCCCCUUAAAAUUGGCUUGGAGUUGUCAGGAGAACCCCCAAAAUAGUGCUCGGAGGGAAGGAGGCAUUGUUCUGUCUGGGAAGUUGAAAAGCUUAUUCUGACAGAACAAUUGCCAUGCUGAAUUCCUUUGGGAGGAACAUUUAGCACUAAUGUGCAGGGUCUGGGGAUUCCAUGAGAUGAACUGUUAGUAGAGGAAGAUCAUUUCAGCUUGUAUGUCUAGCUGAGACUUGGUGGAAUGACUCCCAUUAUUUGGAAUAUAGCAAUUGAAAGGAAAAAAAUAUAUGGGGGCAUGAGGCAAUUGCUACAUUGACGGUAAGGUUAAGGAAACACGGAAAGUAUAAUGACCGGACGGUUGGAAGCUGGUUGAGUAGUAUAUGAACAGAGAGCUUGGGCUACAAGUAAUGAAUGUAGGUUACAUACUAAUAUAAUUUAAUAAUAAUGAAAUAACAUUUUUAUUCAUUUAUCUCUUUUUCACUUCUGUAGCACUGGAGGUUUUAAAACAUAGGCGUUUAUAGAAGAUUUUUUAAAAAUAAAUUCAGAUGCAGAUGUAUUUGGAAAUUCAAACAAACACACUUGGACUAACCCAAAUAGUUUUGUAUGUACCUAGGAUUUUUAGUCUGUUGCUAGGUUUCCAAAACGUUUGCCUCAUUUAAAACAGCUUCUCUUUUCAGUCUGCUCUUCUCUGGAAGAUGUUUGUCUGUAAUAACCUGUGCUAGUAAAAAAGCUAAAGCUGAUUGCCCAAUAGCUGAGUGGGAGAUUAUAUAACGAUUAAUUUUGGGUUGUUUUUAAUUGCUUUGCUAAGCAUGUUGUAGUAAACCAAACAGCUGCCAGUAAAUCAAAAUGACCACAUUAAUUAAUUAAUUCCUUGUUGUCCCCUCUUGCUUCUCAUGCUGUCAGAGCUAAAAUGUUUCCUUUCUGAAUACAAAUACCCUUUGAACAGAGGAUAACUGUUCCUUGCUAUGAAGAGCAUAGAGGGUUUUAUAUUCCCGGUUUCUUCUGCCUUUAUCUAGAUAAGCGAAAAUAUUCUAAGUAUUUAUAAAUCCAGCAAUGUUAUGAUCUUGUCUAACAUGGGAGUGAUGGAUGGUGGUGACUGGUACCCAGCAUAGCAUGUGGGACCUAAUUUAAUGAAGUGUUCAGUGUUCUUGUUAAGUGUUCCAGUUAGUCAUAGAAUCGUAGAGUUGGGAGGAACCCCGAGGGUCAUUUAGUCAAAUCACCUGCAAUGCAGGAAUCUCAACUAAAGCAUCAGUGACAGGUGGCCAUCCAACCCUUCCCUUUGUUUUCUGUCAGACCUUCUCCCCAAAAUCAAGAAAUUCAGCAUUCUGGAGCUACUGAGCAUACCAAGUCCUUCUGAGGAUGUCUUUAGGGUUUUCCCCUUAACUGUGUCAGUAAGGCUUACUUAUGGGUGUGUGUGCGUGAUAUUUAUUACAGCCUAAGACACGCUCACAUUCUUUCAUUGUCCCUUAGUUGGUUUUGGGGAUUGUUUGCACCUUGAAUUCAGUUUGCUUUUUCAAGUGCAGGCAUGUUCAAUAUAUUGUUGGCUGAGCACAGUCAUUUUGAAAAGAUUGAGGGCAUAUAUUGUUCCUUUCAAAGCAAGAACAAUCUCCCCUGGCUGCACAGUUUGCUAUAUUAUCAACAACUGCAUCUUGUUUAGAUCUUUUAUCUUUGGUGUGUACAAUCACAUAGACAGCCUGACUCUUAAAAUGCAGGUACCUUAAGCAGUCUGGACAGAAAAGUACCUGACUUCACUCUCUCACCCCUAAGAGUCAAAAUUGUCAAUUUGUUGUUUUCCUGAACGUAUCUAUAUUAAUUGUGAAAGUAAUUUUGUUUGUAACUCAGGAAAUUACAAGUGCAAGAAGAAAAGGAUUCCUAGCUGAACACGCUGCCCCAUUCUCUGCAUUCUUGACGGAUGGCUUUGGUCGUCAGCAUAACUACUUAAGGAUCUCCUUGACUGAGAAAUGCAACCUCAGGUGUAAGUCCCUUAAGUUUGAAUAGGAUGCGAGUGGGGCAGUAUUGUUUGACUCCAGCUCCCAUCAACCCCAGCCAGCACAGCUUCUGCUCAGGCAUGAUGGGAGUUGUAUUCCAGCAAGUUCUGGAGAGCUGCGGGUUCCCCUUCGCUGGAAUAGGAUCAUGUUCCUGAAGAUGUGUUUUCAUGAGGUAGUUUUACCGGGCAUGUCUUCAGCAUAGUUGGACUCUUCUUACAUACAUUACUUAUAGCAGCAGGGUUGCCACCCCAGAACCACUUUACUGUUGUCGACUAUUAUUUUGCAUAAACAAACAAACAAACCCCUGUGUUGCAAAAUAUGACUCAGCAAAAUCGAAAGCAACACAAUGGCCAGAAACAAUUACAGUAUAGAAAACUUAAUGGAAUAAUGCAAAACAUCAAAACUAUCAAACUAAAGUCUCUAUAAAAUCUCUCUAUAAACUCAUGCGAUUAUGUAGUCACUGUUCAACAGUGACUACAUAAUCGCAUGAGCACUGUUCCAGAGUAUUUUUCAUUCUCAUGGAUAUUAUAUCUGUUUGGGAAAAAGAUUGGUUAAUGAAGAAAUUACACAUCUUUCUACUUACGAGUUUUUGUUGAACUAAUUGGCUGGUGAAGAACGGAACGAAACAGUAGUUGCUAUCGGAAACACUGUUCAGCAGAGUUCAGAGUUGGACAUCAGAAUUGGACAUUUGCCGAUUAUACAAAGCUUUACAAGCUUGAUCUCUGCCGGGUAAAGUCUGGCACCGUGACUUAUUCAAGGACUUUCAGAGACUUUAGUUUGAUAGUUUUGAUGUUUUGCAUUUUUCCAUAAAGUUUUCUAUACAGUGGUACCUCGGGUUAAGUACUUAAUUCGUUCCGAAGGUCCAUACUUAACCUGAAACUGUUCUUAACCUGAAGCACCACUUUAACUAAUGGGGCCUCCUGCUGCUGCCGCGCCGCCGGAGCACGAUUUCUGUUCUCAUCCUGAAGCAAAGUUCUUAACCUGGAGCACUAUUUCUGGGUUAGCAGAGUCUGUAACCUGAAGCAUAUGUAACCUGAAGCGUAUGUAACCUGAGGUACCACUGUACUAUAAUUGUUUCUGGCCAUCGUGUUGCUUUCGAUUUUGCUGACUAUUAUUUUGCGGCAGUUAAUACAUGUAAGUGGCAACCACAAUGGGCAGCUUGGGUCAUGGAAUAGGGAUCUCCUGCGAAGCAUUGCUUCACGAAACACUUUUCUUUCUUUCAGUUCUAUUUUAUUCUUCCUGUUUAUUUAGCAAUAGUUACCUUUGUCUGUUUUUUGUUUUGUUUUGUUUUUUGCUUUUUGUUCAUUUGCUGCAUGUUUCAGGUCAGUACUGUAUGCCAGAGGAGGGAGUCCAGCUCACUCCAAAAUCUGAACUGCUGAGCACCCAGGAGAUAAUCACCCUCGCUAGGCUCUUUGUGAAGGAAGGUGUGGACAAGAUCCGAUUAACCGGAGGAGAGCCUCUCAUUCGGCCUGAUGUGAUUGACAUCAUAGGUAUGCUCCUCGUAUAGUUUUGUUAUGCGAUGUUCAUGGGAUCCUCUUGUUUACAAAGCAUGGUUUAGAACAGUGUGGAAGAUGCUACCCGCAGUGCUUUAAAAAUAAGGCAGAUCUGUAGGAGCUUUGCUGUAUACAAAAGGAUGGAAUUACAGCCGUUCUGUCAGCUUUGUCCUCUUCUUUUGUAUCUCAGUGGAUUUCUUUUUCUCAUCUUCAGACAUUUCUGAAAGUUAGCAAUGUAUGACUAUUAUGAAAUACCGUAUUUUUUGCUCUAUAAGACUCACUUUUUCCCUCCUAAAAAGUAAGAGGAAAUGUGUGUGCAUCUUAUGGAGCGAAUGCAGGCUGCACAGCUAUCCCAGAAGCCAGAACAGCAAGAGGGAUUGCUGCUUUCACUGUGCAGCGAUCCCUCUUGCUGUUCUGGCUUCUGAGAUUCAGAAUUUUUUUUUUCUUGUUUUCCUCCUCCAAAAACUAGGUGCGUCUUGUGGUCUGGUGCGUCUUAUAGAGAGAAAAAUACGGUACCUGAGUGUGCGAGAAUAGCUCUCCUGCAAUAUUUGCUUCCUAAGAAAACGGCAUCUUUCAAAAUCUUUUGCACACACUCCAUUUUACACCUUCUUAGUUUUACUUUGCAUGUUAUAUUAAUCCUUAAUAGAUAUAAUUUCUGCAUAGGAAAAGUGUGUACAAUGGCAGUGUCAAGUGCAAGCCACUUUCUUCAGUGCAGUGGUUGUCCCACCAAUGUAGGCACUGAAACCCUACAUCACAGUUUGUGUUUUACUUUAUGUGUGUUUUUCCUCCAAAGUUAAAAUGUCCUUGGCUAAUGGAGCUAAGGUGGUUGAGCUUUGCAUGCAGAAGGCCCCAGGUUAAGUCCCUCCAGUAUCUCCAGUUUAAAGGACCAGAGAGCAGACUGCCUGUGAUCCUAGAGCAGUGGUGGCCAUACUUGGCCCUCCAGCUGUUUUUGGACUACAACCCCCAUCAUCCCUAGCUAACAGGACCAGUGGUCAGGGAUGAUGGGAAUUGUAGUCCCAAAACACCUGGAGGGCCAGGUUUGGCCCUAGAGGGCUGCAGCUGGUCAGGGUGGGCAGUAUGGGAGUAAUAAUCUGAUGUGGAAUACAGAGUUUCCUAUGUGUCAUCCAAGAUCAUGGGUGAUAAGCAGGAUGUAGGUGGUAAAUUGUUGUUGUCUUUCCAAGAUGACUAGGAUACAAAAAUUGACUUCCAAAUAUUUAUUUAAGAGUGUAGUGUGUGAUAAGAACCAAUGUCUGAAAGUCUUAUUGUAUUUAUUUUUUGCAAGUGCUACAUUUGCAAGACAAAUAGAGUGGGGUGGGGUAUAAAUAUAAAAAUAUGAAUAUAGAUAUAAAAGUAAAUAUAAUAAUAAUAAUAAUAAUAAUAAUAAUAAUUUUUAAAAAAAUGUAUGAUGCAAGCAUUUGACUGUUGUUUUCACCCCCUCCCUGGGUUCCUUGUUUUGUCUUAUACCCAUUGACCUGUUGUUACUUAUUCUUACUUAUUUUUGUUAAUAUUCUUUUUCUUUACUAUGUUUUCCCAGCUCAGAUGCGCAAACUAGAAGGGUUGCAAACCAUUGCUGUCACGACCAAUGGUAUUAACUUGGCCAGAUUGUUGCCCCGGUUAAAGGAGGCCGGCCUGAAUGCCAUUAACAUCAGUUUGGACACCUUGGUCCCAGCAAAAUUUGAAUUCAUUGUCCGUCGAAAAGGUAUACCUGGACGCUUGCUGUGAUUUCCACCAUAAUGUUUUUUAGCAUUUCCAUUGUUAUAUCCUGCAUAGUUUCUGUCUGAUUACAAAAUGAUGUCAAAUGGGGAACGAAGGCUGACCAUCUCUGCCAUCUCUUUCACAGUCAGAACUCCCUUUUUAUUGCAGCCCACUGUAUAGAAAUGAAUAUUCAGGAAUUAAUAAUCAGAUAGCUUGCUGUUUGUGUGACUCAUACUUUACUUAUUUAGCAGAGACAGCAUGCUACAACUGAGAAGGCUUGUAAUCUACAUUAGACAGGGCAAACUGAGAUAAAAGGAAAAAGGAAAGAGCUUUAUAAAACAAUAGUAAAAAGUAGUUAAUUGGCAUUGCUUAAUGUGGAACACUGGUGGUUUCAGAAAGACUCUGCUGAUUUUUAUUUUAAGAAAAGGGGGGUUAUGGCAGGUAGCUUGAUAAAUAGUUGGCUAAAGUUUGACAAAUAGUUCCAUCUUAAAGAAGGAAUGGCAAAGAAGACCCCAAGGAGCUCACAGUAAAGCAGAGUCCCACAAAGAGCAGAGAACAAGGAGAACUAUAAAUGACGUUGCAAAUUCAGUGCCAUCCAGGUUUUUCAUGCUACAGAUCCCAUCAGCCCUUUUAGUCCAAAACAUCUGGAGGGCAUUAGGUUGGAGAAGGCUGCCUUAAAUGGCAAGAGCAGGAAACAUGGAAUUGAUGUGGAAAGUCAAGAGAACACAUAUAGAGACCUAAGGCAAGGUGUGUUGUUGUCUUAGUAAGAGGUGAAAAAGGGAUGGAUUGUCAACGAGACUGAGAUGAGAUAAGGAUGUUCAGUUCAGUUGCUUCAUCUGUAGUUCAUAACAGUAACAGUAUAGCAGCUGAAACCAAAACCAAUAUUAAAAUCAAGUCCCAUUAGUAUGGGGUAUCAAUUAAUGACAUGUCAAAUAUCCAAUUUACAAUCAACUACAUAUGCAUUAAAUAUGUUUAUUGGCAUCUUGAAUCAGCCUUAGCCAUAAUUCAGGUGCUUUUGCUGAAAUUGACCAGUGUUCAUGCUUGUAGGAAUAAAGCACCAAGGAACAUAUUCUGCACAUUUUCAUAAUGGGUCCACAGAACAUGGAGUGUGGAAUGCCUUCCAUUGCUUCCUCAAUGCAGAUGCAGUACCUUAAAAGGCUCGUUAUAAUACUGCUAAUGGGGGGAAAGCCACUUGUUGAAAUGUCAACAGCUGUUCUCUGCUCAAACCUAAAUCAAUCAAUUGGAUGUUCAAGGCCACCGUUGAUAAAAUAAUAAAAUGCCAUUGUUGAAUAUCAGGGUGUUUUAUUAUUAGCCGAUAAAACUAAAUUAUUCUGGGAAAAAAUACUUUAGCUGGUUAUAAAUCCCAACUUGAUGAUGGCUAUUCUAGAAUCUAACACACACACGUGGCCCAAAAAUACGCUUGCCAAGACAUCAUACAGUUGGCUUAUUUUCCAGGGCUAUUUCACAGAAGUGAGAAACCCUCUGACCCCCAUAUUAUAAUGGUAGGGCCUCAGCACUGAAUAGAAAUGAAUGCAUUCCCCUGCCUGCCCCCCAAAGGUGCCAAGAAUGUGCUCCUUUUUGUGAGGCUUAAAUGGUCCUGCAAAAUUGGGAUAGAAGCCUAGAAGUAAUGUUCGCAUAUUUUCCUGUGGGGUGAUUACAGCAGAUUUUUCAGAUAUAAGUUUGGAAGGUUUAACUUAGAAAAAGAAGAAGAAGCAAAUGGCAAUUUGAGCCAUUUGGCAGUAGUGGCAGGAAACAGGAAUAAUAUUGCUUCAACAGAGCCUGUCACAUGCACAACAACUCUGAAGCCAGACUUUGAAUGGCAAGCUUGUUCCAGUUUUCAGCCUGUUCUUUAGAGAUGAAAUGUGGUUCCAUAGCCACUAGAUGGUGCCCCAAUAUCGUUUUAAUCAAAUGUACACUUUAAAAAAAAAUCCAAUAAAAAGUGUCUUUAAUAGGUUCAAGAUGUUAGUACAUUUCCUUUUCGUUUCUAAAUAUGGAUUGUGCUAUGUUUGGGAAUCUCUGCAGAGAUGUGAGAGGCUGACCUUUACCUACAUAUGAUAACAUAUCAAAUUAUAGAAAUCGUUGUGUAGGUCUGCUAAAACCAACAUGGAAAUCUGCAAAUCCAGUGCAGUGCAUCCUAUUCGGUGUAAUGCCCAAGGCAAUUGUGACUUUACCAACGCUUUGGACAGAGAUUCAUAGUUUGGUCAUGUAACCGGAUUCGGUCAGCGACGAUGCCUUCUGUGAACAUGCAAGGCAUUAAGAUGAUGGGGGCUGCUGAGCUCAGAGACAAACCUCUUCCAAGCAUUUUGUAAAUGAACAAGAUGUAGUGAUGGCCACAAACUCUGAAAGAGGCUUUAAACACAUUCAGUUGAAACAGAAAAGUCUCUUAAUGGCUGAUAGCCAGAAUGGCUAUAUGCUAUUUCCAGGACCAGAAGCGGUGUGCCUCUACAUACCAGUCACUAGGGGGGCAGCAGCAGGAGAGGGCUACUUCCCCAUGCCAUGCUUGUGGGCUUCCCAAAAGGCAUCAGGUUUUGAUUCCUGUGAGGAACAAGAUGCUUGGCGUGAUGGGUCUCUGGUCUGAUCAGAUGGACUGCUCUUAGGUCCUUCGUCUCACUCUCAGUGGAAUGUCUGGGAAGGAAAAUUCAAGCUUGACUGAGCUUAUUCUCUGCAGAGGAAUGAUCUGUCCAGAUGUCAGGCUAUCUCUUUGCAGAUCAUCCCUGACAUGCCCAUUAGGAAAACAAGUGAGCUGGUAUGAAUUGCCUAGAUGUUAGUUUGUGGUUGCCUUAACGCUUGAUCGCUUGUGUUCCAAUUACUUGGUUCUGAAUUGUCUUAUGACUUUCCUAAAGUCAUACAAAUGGCCCCUUUCUUUCCUGACCUUUUUCUAAGCCUUUCCGUAAGGGUCUUGUUCCUGAGAGUAGCUCCUCAGUGUUUAUCACCAUAUGUUAUACUUUCAGGCGCCAUGUUAUUUUUGCAGUCUUAUUUUAUCAAAAUAAACCUUACAUUCGAUGUCGUAGGUUUUCUUAGUCACAGGAAGCAGAAGCAACAAACCAGUUUUGGCAUCAGGCAACUGAUGUGAUAUUCCAGUUUGUUUAUUUAAACCUUAUACCUCAGUCUUUGCCAACCUGGUGCCCUCCAUAUGUUUUUGGACUACAAUUCCUAUCAGAUAUGCUAAUGGGAGUUGUAGUCCAAAAUAUCUGGAGGGCACCUGGUUGGCAAAGGCUAGUAUACAUUUUGCCAGGCUUCUUUGCCAUUUCACUGUGCUAUUGCUCUCAUCUCUUGGGAGAACAGCAUCUCUCAGUCCCCCUGACCAGCCCUGGGAGGUUGGUUUUGUGGUCUCAGUGUGGGCUUAGCUUAUAUUUUCAAAUAGCAGCCCAUGCAUUUAUCCCAGCUUUUCUCCCAAAGGAGCUCAGGGUAGGAAAGAUCCAUGGCAUGCGACAACUGCUUUUAAAACUCGGGAAAGUUUCAAAAGCAGUUUGGGAAAUGUCUGGGUGAGUAGGCACAUCUGUUCAACAAACAUAAAUAACUUGUGUGGUCAGUGUCCAAACUUGCCAGAAGUGAUAGCUGCUGAUUACCUGAGCAGAGCAGCCUUUCCCUAUCAGAUGGAAAGUACAGUGGUACCUCGGGUUACAUACGCUUCAGGUUACAGACUCCGCUAACCCAGAAAUAGUGCUUCAGGUUAAGAACUUUGCUUCAGUAUGAGAACAGAAAUCGUGCUCUGGCGGCGCAGCAGCAGCAGGAGGCCCAAUUAGCUAAAGUGGUGCUUCAGGUUAAGAACAGUUUCAGGUUAAGAAUGGACCUCCGGAACAAAUUAAGUACUUAACCCGAGGUACCACUGUAACUGAUUUGGCUGUUUGAUAACAACCAUAAUCUGCCACAAAAAUACAGAUUGUGAACUGUUGGGAAGUUUUAUGCUACCCUUGACAUCAAAGUCAUAUAGUUUCCCAAUAUUGGGUUUUUAAUGUCAGAAGACAGACGUUAUGUGUUUGACUCUAACUGAUUUUUUUAUUGAAUUCAGUUUAUAUUUUAAGAAACAACCCCAUAUAUAUGUGUGUGUGAGUGUGUAUCUUAUGUGUAUAGUAUAUGUAUAUGAAUGUGUGCAUUGCAUGUGUGUUUAUAUUUAGAAAAAAAUACUUUUCUAUGUCCUGUGUCAGAGCUUAUUUUUGUUUAUAUUUUAGGUUUCCAUAAGGUAAUGGAAGGGAUCCAAAAAGCCCUUGAACUUGGGUAUGAUCCUGUUAAGGUGAGAAUUAUUAUCUUCUUGAUACAGGUUUUUGGCUGGUAUCACUGUUGCUGAAUAAAAAAUGGAAACACAACUGAGUGUGGAGGUUCCAUCCAGAUAAUUGAGUUCUGAAAUAAAUUCUUAAUACCCAACUUUAGGGUUUUCUUUAAAGAAACAAGUAAUGGAAAAAAUGGUUCUUUUGCAGUGAUAAUCCUUCUGAGCUUUUAUAUUGAUCGCCACUUAUUCUGUGAUGUGCAUGAUGUUGACAUAUUCAGUUUAGUUAGCUGGCUUUUCCUUCCUCCUAGGUGAACUGUGUAGUUAUGAGAGGUCUUAAUGAAGAUGAGCUGGUAGAUUUCGUGGCUCUGACCGAGAAGCAGCCCCUGGAUGUGCGCUUCAUAGAAUACAUGCCCUUUGAUGGUGAGCAUUUAAGCACCCCUGGCUGUACUUUGGCUGAGAAAAUGGAUGAUGCUGAAUUGAGCAAUUCCCACUUUUCCCGAAGUUGGUGAUGGGAUGUUGACCGAGGACAGGUCUACAGCUUCUGUGGCCUUGAGAGCUUUCUUGUUUGGAAAGGAGAUAAAUGAAAUUCUGGGGAAUGUUUUAUUUUGUGUCUUUCUGUGUGAUCCUAGACAGAAAAUAACACGUCAGAAAAUAAGCCUUCUGUUGCACUCUCACUGCCGCGCAUGUUGCACAGCAAUAUUGGUUCUCCUCUCAUUCUAGGCAACAAGUGGAACUUCAGGAAAAUGGUGAGCUAUAAGGAGAUGCUCGAUACGAUCAAGCAGAAAUGGCCAGAGCUGGAAAAAGUGCCUUGUGAAGAAGCCUCUAGCACUGCUAAGGUGAUUAAUGCAGUAGGGUCAAAGGGAGCCCAGAAGUUUUGCAAAGUUCAGGGCUUGCUUAUAAGCCUGCUAUGUCAACACCAAUGCAAUUAGCUCUUGAAGGGAAAAUUGAAAUGGCUGCUAUGGUCCUGGUAGAUGCCUGCCCACAUACUUUCAACAGUUGUGACAGUCAUGAUUAAAGGAUUAUGAUAUAGGAGAGAGUCUGCCCGCUAAAAUGAAACUGACUGUGGGAGGAUAGAGAAUGACUUAACUCUUUCCUUUGGAUAUGUAAAUAUAAUGUUUUUCCUGUAAAGUUAUAAAAGUUUUAGGAAUAGAUGCAGCUGCGUACAUGUGAGUCUACCAUGUUCAUAUGGUGUACCUAUAGCAAGAGCCUAUUCUUGCCACAUGUAACUCAUAUUUUGAAACUGUCUGGGAAAGCCAUGUGUGAAGCCGUCCUCAAGAUUGCUUCAUGUGUGACAAACGUCUUCCAGGGCAAUGACUUCAAUGAAGGAAAUUACUUGUGAUUUGUUUUUAGAUCAUCCUGUGAUAAUUGCAUAUGCUCAUAUUCUGUUUAUGUCUUUAUAUUUUUUAAUGUAUUUGGGGUUUGUUACUAGCUUCCAUUUUUCCAAAUACUUAAAACCAGGUAGCAAUGCUUUCCUCCCUUCCACUUCUAGGAUGGCCAUUGUGGCUAACUCCUCUCCUUUCACAUAAAAUGGAAAGCUAGCCACUAUAUUUCCAGCUGUCUGAAAUUUAAAGAGGCCGUCUGAAAAAAACCAAAACAUUGGUGCACAUAUAGCAUAGGCUUGCUGGCAAGUGAACAGGAGAGAGUCCAGUUUAGUUGGAGGCCCGGCUCUAUUGCUUACUAAACCUCACAUUUAAAUUAUGUGAUUUGGAAUGUUUAAUUGGCUUUUCAUUUGAAAUGUAUAAUUGGAUUUAUUAUUUGAGUUAUGAUUUAUGAUUUGGUAUGAUUUGAUUUGUUGUUAAUUGGAAUAUUAUUAAUGAAAAAUUAAUAAGACAUUAUUUACAAAGAAAAACAAAAACCAGGUAGCAGUGAAGAAAAGUGAAAUGUUUUUUAAGACGUGGAAAUCAAGCAUGGAGAAAAUAGAAAUCCUAUCAGAAUUAUUAAUAGCAAUAGUGCUUCAUAGGCUGCAAUUCGUAAAGUAUGAACCUCAAGGAUUUCCAGGAAGGGAUUUCGCACAGGAAUCUUUGUAGGUUUGCUGGGAAAUCAACAUCUUGUUGAUGAUGUCCAUUACACAUUGCGAGUUUUAUGCAUGUAUUUUGUUGCCUUUACAUGUGUAUAGAUUAUGGAAACUGAUUUUUCAGAAUUUAUACACUUGACCAAGCCCAGUUGUUAUACAUGAUCUACAGAUGGUUACUUUCCACACCAAACUUUGUCCCUUUGAACAAGUUUUAAAGUAAACAUCAUCUCGUCACAUUUUGCUGAAAUGCCGCCAACGAUCUGUUGUGGAAUCUUCCGUUUGCAUACAUAUUGGAGCAAAACUUGCACAACCAGAUUUUGCAGGAAAAUUUUGGUAUGAAGAUAAGAAGCUCCAUAAUUCUGGCAGCUACUCUUAAUCAGAUGUGGCUAUACAUAGUGAAAGAGUGAUACAGCCAUGAAGAGUGAACUGUUCAUUUUUCAGCAUUGGUUUUACACAUAUGUACUGAACAAUUUUUCAGUUCGUAGUUAGAUUUCCUUCUGGCAACUUAUCUUGGAUUUAGCCUGUGCAGUAUCUUCACCUCUUCAGUGGUGGAGGAAGGGGAGUGCGGGGGCUGCAGGCCACCCCGGGUGUCAUCACUGGGGAGGGUGUGUGAGAAAAUGACAAAAAUAUGAGGUUUUUUUAAAAAAUGGGCUCAUGAAACCUUUUAGUUCAGUCAACAAACAUAAUGAAACGCAGCUGGCACUGGGCGCCACACCACGGGGGCUGGCACUUACUGCGGGGCCUGCAGUGUGCCCAAGCCACGCGUCUCUCCUGGGAGUGACAUGGUGGCUUGCCGCCUGCAGGCUCCACGCUGCCUAAAAUGGCAGCGUGGGACUUGCGUCUACCCUCCGCCUCUUCUUCAGCUGCCCUACAGCUGAAGGGGAGACAGCAGAGAGGCUCCAUGCAGUGCGCCCUGCCCCCAAAUGCAGGAUGCGCAUGCCACACCCAGCGCCUGAGCGGCUAGCUAUGCCGCUGCAUCUCUUACUCCAGUUUUCAUUAACUGGAAUAGGACGAUGCUGAAGCCAGUUAAGUAAGAUAUUAACGAAGAUGUGCUUCACCUUUUCUCUCUGUUUUCUCUUUCUCAAUCCAUGCCUGGGUCACAACAGGCAUAUAAGGUGCCGCAUUUUCAGGGACAAGUCAGCUUCAUCACCUCAAUGUCUGAACACUUCUGUGGAUCCUGUAAUCGACUGAGGAUCACAGCUGAUGGAAACUUGAAGGUAGGAGCACGAUGUUAUCCACCAGCUUCAUCUGGGCCGUUAGAGUGCUUACAUGAUUAUAUUACCUGCAUCAAGUGCGCACAAAGUUGUCAUUGCAUCCAAAAGGGGCCAGAAGUCAUUGGAUGAUUGCUGCCUAGUUAGACUCAAUUGGUAAAUCAAAUAAAAGUCCCUGUUGGAUCCUACUGUAGAUUUUUGUUUUGCUGUUGGAAAGAACAACUGUGUCUUUUUCCUUGGCUGUCAGUGUUGCAGAAACUGCCUUGUUUUCAUAAUGCAGCAUAUUUGAGCUGUUAAACUAAUUGGUGAGAAGUCUCUGAAGAUAAACACAUUGUGUAGUUUUUUUAUGUUAAAUCCUCUUAAAUUGGCAGCAGGAAUGCUACUCUCGGUAAUGUGACUGGGAGGGUGUGGGUUUUCUUCUUUGCCAGUAUCCAGUUUCAUUGCAGAACUCUGCCUGAUCUGUCACAUCAGACAUAUGUUGCCCAGACUGAAUUGGGGGUGGGGGGCUAGGAGGAAGAACGCUUCCUGCCACGUUAUGUUUCCAUGUUGUGUUUUUAAAAUUAGCUUUCAAUUAAAUAUUGGCACUUCCCACCCAGCAAUGAAAGCCUUGCUUCCUGAUCCCCGCCCUCCAAAAUUUUCUGCAGUUGAGAAAGUGAUGGUUAUUGCCUUCAAAUGUCCCUUUGACUACCAAUCCCCACAUGGGUUUUAGUGUUGGAAUGGACAGCUGAUUCACUUUUGGGCAGAGUAUAAUUAAAGACGGAUCUGGAGAUAAAAACCUUUUGAGGAUGUUUUCAUGCCAUCAGAGUUGAUGCAUCCAGGCAAGCAGGUUUAUAUGAUUCUCUCUCCUCUCAUCCUUUUUUUACAGGUGUGCCUUUUUGGAAAUGCAGAAGUGUCCUUGCGAGAUCACUUACGAUCUAAUGCCUCAGAAGAAGAAUUGGUUCAAAUCAUUGGGGCAGCUGUUGGCAGGAAAAAGAAACAACAUGCAGGUAUUUUGUUUUACGAUUCCAAGUUGUAUAGGCUGCAUUGUGCACUUCAUUUAAGAGCGAUUGCAUUGCCAUAGUGCCUAAUAAAAUAUAUGACCAUAGGACUUUAUCUAUGUCUCCAUCUAUUUCUGUCUGUCCUGCAGUCCUACUAUUUUUUUUUAGCAUGAGAGGAUCCUGUUUUUAUGUUGAAAGUGUUAAGUGCAAUUUAAGCGGCUGCUGGUCACAUUAUUUACCUGGUCACACAUUUUCCACCUAAUUUUUAGUCCCACGUAGCAACACAAAUACAGCUGGUUAUGCUGUAACAGUGUGAAAGUUUCAAUUGUUGCAAAUUUGUAUUCAUGAAUUUUCCUGUGUUUUAGUAGUUGCUCGAUUUGCCUAGUAGGUGGCAAAUAAAUGCUACUGUUGACCCAGGGAUCUGGAAGCCUGGAGUGGUAGACAGGCAGAGUCAAAAGAAACAAUAUGUGACCUCUAUUUAACCAGGAAUAGGGGGUCCAUUUUCCUUUCUUAGCAAAGUUUUUUUACACCUUCAUGCCUUUUAUUGUCUUAUUGUCAAUGAAAUGACACCAGAGCCCUAGGAAUCAUCCAGAAUUCUGCCGCCAGAAGACCCAAACCUUAUUAUAGUUGUUUCUGAGGUCAAAGGUGAACCUCUGUAGGGAAACAUUGAUAAUUCUGAGGCACAUGUCUGGCUUUGCUAGAGCCCUGCCAUUUCAGGUCCUGUUGUGCCAGUCUACCUUCUAACCCAAUCCUUCUCCACUAGUUUGCUACAGGAAUCUGGCUGCCCAUUUCCCAUGCGAACUGUUUAACAUAAGUUCUGCUUCAGGAGGUUCAAUCUGUUUCCUUUUUCGCUUGAGGGGGGUGUUAAAGAAGCCCAUUUAUUGGGAUGAAUUCUUCAUCUCUGUGCUUCCGAAUACUUUUUCCUUAUCGGGACCGACUAACUAGAUGUCUAUGCUAUUCCUUGCACUUUUCAAGUAUUGUUUCCAUUUACAAUACAAAGCCAAUAUGACUUAAAAUUCUCAGCAUCCUCUAAUUCUUGUCUAUCUAUUCUUUAUUUAUUCCCAGGCAUGUUCAACAUUUCCCAGAUGAAGAACAGACCAAUGAUCCUCAUUGGUGGGUGACCAAGCAGUACGUAAUAAACCAUAUCACAGUGCUGUAUUUACAUUUGCCCCUUGGGGAAAGAGUCAGUCUUUUCCUAGGCUAAGUGUGUUUGAAUUUUUAAAGAGGUGUACAAACAGCUUUUAAAAACAGCUCACAAGGAGAAAUUGCAUGUUACUUGGCAAAAACUCUUGUGAUCUCCUUGGCCGUUCACUUCCACCUUUUGCUGAGUGUACAACUUGUUUAUUCACUCUCAUGGGAGUUUAUGAGCUGCCUGUCUUUUUCUCUCCAUAGCCUGUAGGUAAGCAGUUUAUAGUGAAGGGGUAUCUCAUUCUCCCUGUGUUCUUCUCAGCUGCUUUAAAAUUGGGCGCAUUGCCAGAAUUGCAUAGUUGGGAUUCGGAUAACUUGGGAACAGGAACAAUUAGCUACCAGCACUUCCACAGCAUGGGAGAACUAUGUGGUGAGCCAGUAUUCAUCCACUGGCGCUCUAUUGAGAUAGGUUUGGGGACUUGCCUGUAAUUCAACAAGACGUUUUGGGGAGAGCGAAGGAAGUUCGAUGCAAAGAUGGGACCCCUCUAGCUGGCUUUGGAAUGGCAGGCAGGCUGCCUACAGUCUGUUUACGUAGCUAAGAGCUGGAUUGAGUCUGACAAGCGUGCAUUCAGCAUCUCGGGAAAACUAACCACUGGCAUUCUCUGUACAAACAGUCUGGUUUCUGUGACCAGAGUUGAGCCAGCUUUGUCAUGACACGCAGGCUAGCUGAGGCAUAUGGAGAAUGACUAGAAGGGCCUCCUAAUUUGGACUUCAGGCUGAUUGCAUGGUUCCCCCAAAGUCAGAUAGCAUAUAAACAGGCAGAAGGAAGUGGUUGGAGAACACACCAAGGAGGUGUUGAGGGAAUGUAGCCUCCACUGCCACUGAGUGCUGUGCAAAGAAUUAGUUGUGCUGCUCUGCUGCCUUAGCAUAUUUCUUACUAAGAAAUAUGUUUGGCAAUUGCAAAAAGCGAAGUAUAAGAUCUAUAUAGCAUAGACAUCAGUGAGAACUGUGAGUUGGCAGCACUGGAUUCUAGAGCACAGAGACUGUCUUUUUAAGCCCCUCACUGUCAUUUAAGCCCCUCAGAGCUUGCAGGGCAGCAGCUGAAGAAGGUGCAAAAAGGUUUGCAGUUUGAUCCAUCUUUUAGAUUUAGGGGAGCUAGUCUCAAACGUUUGUUGGGGGAGAACUAGGUUUUUUUGGGGGGGAGCUAUUUGUCCUGUCUUCACGCUUUUUAUGAUGGAGGACCGCUGUAGCCACCCACAACGACACGUUCUCAAGAUGGAGGGGGAGGGAACAGCUGCAGUCGCCUGCGGUUCCUGCGCAAUGUUUGCCAUCUUGCCAAAGGUUGCUGGCAGCUUUACCUGCAGCAAUUGCAUGUUGAUUGCCUUCUUAGAAGACAAAGUCCAGCAACUGGAGGAACGUGUAGCUACGCUCCAAAGAAUUAGAGAGCUGGAGCUCUUCUUGGAAGCAACAGAGCACACCGUCUCCACCAAGGAGGAGACAGGGGACUCCCCUGAGAAGGAGGCUAGUUCACCAACACAGGAGCCAGAUAUAUGGAGAAACGUGACUCAAAGAAGUAGGAGGCCCAGGGUUCGCUCUGAUUGUUUAGAAAUACACAAUCGCUUUGAGGUCUCCUCUCCCCUAGCAUGGAAGACGAAGAGCAGACUCCAUUUGAGGAUCUCUCCCUCAUUACAGUCGAUCAGGUAUAUGAAGACGAGCAGCAAAGUCAGUCCUCAGGGAAUGUGCAGGCGACCUUGGAACGGACAGCUCACGGAAGAACCCCGACCAAACCUAAGAGGAGGCGUGUAGUGGUGAUAGGGAAUUCCCUACUGAGGGGAACAGAAGCAGUGAUCUGUGGGCCUGACAAGAUGUCUCGGGAAGUGUCUCCCCGAGGGCUAAGAUCCAAGAUGUAACUGAACGACUGCAAGGAAUCAUAAAACCCACUGACAAAUACCCCCUCCUCUUGGUUCAUGUGGGAACCACUGACACUGCAAGCAAUAGCCUCCAGAAGAUCAAAAGAGACUACGAGGCUCUGGGCAGGAAAUUGAAGCAAUUAAAUGCAUAAAUUGUCAUCUCAUCUGUCCUCCCAGUUGAACGACGUGGCCCAGGGAGAGAGGGAAAAAAUAGUGGAAGUGAACAGCUGGCUUCGCAAAUGGUGUAAACAGGAACGGUUUGGAUUCUUAGAUCACGGACUGCAGUUUCUUGAAGAUCGACUUCUGGCAAGCGAUGGGCUGCACCUCACAAUGGUUGGGAGGAAUGUUUUUGCCAAAAAUUUCAGAAACCUCAUCAGGAGGGCUUUAAACUGACUAAUGUGGGGGAGGGAGACAGUGCGCGUGAAGGUAGGAGUCUAUCAAUUUAUGAAGAUGAUCAUCCAAAUGUCAUAGACCAAAUGGAGCAAACAGCACGCAGACCUAGUGGUGGGAGGAAAAAAUCCUUAAAUAAGAGACACGGGGGAAUUAUUAAUGGACUUCAAUGUCUGUACACUAAUGCGCAAAGCAUGGGAAAUAAACAAGAUGAGCUUGAGCUCUUGGUACAGCAAACUAAAUAUGACAUAAUAGGCAUCACUGAAACCUGGUGGAAUAAGUCCCACGAUUGGAAUGUAAUAAUGGAGGGAUACAAUCUAUUUCAGAGAAACAGACCAGACAAGAAAGGAGGAGGAGUGGCGUUAUAUGUCAGGGAUGUGUAUACCUGUGAAGAGAUCCAAGAUUUAGAACCUCAAAGCCAAAGUGAGAGCAUUUGGGUCAAAAUUAAGGGAGAGAAGAAUAACAGUGACCUCAUUGUGGGAAUUUACUAUAGAUCCCCAAGCCAAACGGAGGACAUAGAGGAUGCCUUCCUGGAACAGAUGGCCAAGCAUGCAAAAGGAAGGGAGAUAGUAGUAAUGGGGGACUUCAAUUAGCCGGAUAUUUGUUGGAUGUCAAACUCAGCCAAGAGCAUAAGGUCAAACAGAUUCCUCACUGGCCUUGUAGACAAUUUCAUUGUCCAGAAAGUGGGAGAAGCAUCAAGAGGAACAGCCAUUUUAGAUCUGGUCCCAACCAAUGUUGAUGACCUGGUUAGUGGGGUAGAAGUAGAAGGAUCAUUAGGCGCGAGUGAUCAUGCUCUUCUGAAGUUUACUAUACAGCGGAAAGGAGCAGCCAAGCAUACUAGGACUCAAUUUCUUGACUUUAAGAAAGCCGACUUCAUAAAACUUAGGGAAGUGCUGGGUGAGAUCCCAUGGACAGUAAUACUAAAAGGAAAGGGAGUUCAUGAUGGCUGGGAGUUUGUUAAGAGGGAGAUAGUAAAAGCACAACUUCAGGCAAUACCAAUGAGACGGAAACAUGGAAGGUGCCUAAAGAAGCCAGGGUGGCUAUCUAAAGAACUUUUAACUGAGUUAAGAUUAAAAAAGGAUUUGUACAAAAAUGGAAAAGGGGGGAAACCACCAAAGAGGAAUUCAAACAAAUAGCCAGCACGUGUAGACACAAAGUCACAAAAGCUAAAGCUCAGAAUGAACUCAGGCUUGCUAGAGAGGUUAAAAGCAACAAAGAAGGCUUUUAUGGGUAUGUUCGUAGCAAAAGGAAGAACAAAGAAACAGUGGGGUCACUCAGAGGAGAAGAUGGUGAAAUGCAAACAGGGGACACAGAAAGGGCUGAACUCCUCAAUGCCUUCUUUGCCUCAGUCUUCUCCGAUAAAGAAAACAAUGCCCGACCUGAAGAAUUUGGAGCAAAUGAUUCAGCAGAGGAAACACAGCCCAGAAUAACUAAGGAGAUAGUACAAGAAUACUUGGCUAGUUUAGAUGUAUUCAAGACUCCAGGGCCAGAUAAACUGCAUCCAAGAGUAUUAAAAGAACUGGCAGAUGUGAUCUCAGAACCACUGGCAGUCAUCUUUGAGAAUUCCUGGAGAACAGGCGAAGUCCCGGCAGACUGGAGGAGGGCAAAUGUUGUCCCUAUUUUCAAAAAGGGGAAAAGAGAGGACCCAAAUAAUUACCGCCCAGUCAGUCUGACAUCAAUACCAGGGAAGAUUCUGGAGCAGAUCAUUAAGCAAACAGUCUGUGAGCACCUAGAAAGGAAUGGUGUGAUCACCAAUAGUCAGCAUGGAUUUCUGAAAAAUAAGUCAUGUCAGACUAACCUGAUCUUGUUUUUGACAGAAUUACAAGCCUGGUAGAUGAAGGGAACGCAGUGGAUGUAGCCUACCUUGAUUUCAGCAAGGCAUUUGACAAGGUGCCCCAUGAUAUUCUUGUAAAGAAGCUGGUAAAAUGCGGUCUUGACUAUGCUACCACUCAGUGGAUUUGUAACUGGCUGACUGACCGAACCCAAAGGGUGCUCAUCAAUGGUUCCUCUUCAUCCUGGAGAAGAGUGACUAGUGGGGUGCCCCAGGGUUCUGUCUUGGGCCCAGUCUUAUUCAACAUCUUUAUCAACGACUUGGAUGAUGGACUCAUGGGCAUCCUGAUCAAAUUUGCAGAUGACACCAAACUGGGAGGGGUGGCUAACACCCCAGAGGACAGGAUCACACUUCAAAACGACCUUGACAGAUUAGAGAACUGGGCCAAAACAAACAAGAUGAAUUUUAACAGGGAGAAAUGUAAAGUAUUGCACUUGGGCAAAAAAAUGAGAGGCACAAAUACAAGAUGGGGGACACCUGGCUUGAGAGCAGUACAUGUGAAAAGGAUCUAGGAGUCUUGGUUGACCACAAACUUGACAUGAGCCAACAGUGUGACGCGGCAGCUAAAAAGCCAAUGCAAUUCUGGGCCUCAUCAAUAGGAGUAUAGCAUCUAGAUCAAGGGAAGUAAUAGUGCCACUGUAUUCUGCUCUGGUCAGACCUCACCUGGAGUACUGUGUCCAGUUCUGGGCACCACAGUUCAAGAAGGACACUGACAAACUGGAACGUGUCCAGAGGAGGGCAACCAAAAUGGUCAAAGGCCUGGAAAUGAUGCCUUAUGAGGAACGGCUAAGGGAGCUGGGCAUGUUUAGCCUGGAGAAGAGGAGGUUAAGGGGUGAUAUAAUAGCCAUGUUCAAAUAUAUAAAAGGAUGUCACAUAGAGGAGGGAGAAAGGUUGUUUUCUGCUGCUCCAGAGAAGCGGACACGGAGCAGUGGAUCCAAACUACAAGAAAGAAGAUUCCACCUAAACAUUAGGAAGAACUUCCUGACAGUAAGAGCUGUUUGACAGUGGAAUUUGCUGCCAAGGAGUGUGGUGGAGUCUCCUUCUUUGGAGGUCUUUAAGCAGAGGCUUGACAACCAUAUGUCAGGAGUGCUCUGAUGGUGUUUCCUGCUUGGCAGGGGGUUGGACUCGAUGGCCCUUGUGGUCUCUUCCAACUCUAUGAUUCUAUGAUUUCCCUAAUCUGUAUGUUGUGCUCCUUCCUCUUCCUGCAUGUAUAUGCAGUUGUAACCAGGCAGACCUGGAAGCACACUCCCCAGCCCAUGAUAGAAUGUAUAUUCACUGUGCCUUAUCCCUUGCAAAGUACUAGGGCAAUGCUUUCCCCCCUUCCACUGCUAGGAUGGCCAUUGUGGUUAGCUCCUCUCCCGUCACAUAAAAUGGAAAGCUAGCCGCUAUAUUUCAAGCUGUCUGAAAUUUAAAGAGGCCAUCUGGAAAAAAAGCAGAAUAUUAGUGCACAUAUAGCAUAGGUUUGCUGUCAAGUGAACAAGAGAGAGUCCAGUUUAGUUGGAGGCCCGGCUCUAUUGCUUGCUUAACCUCACGUUUAAUCCCAGACCUAUGGAGAAGGGCAGGCUUAUCCCUUUCAAAUUCCACCUAGUAUUUGGUUGCAGGUGGCACCUAACUAAUAUUUCCCCAUUUCCCCCCUGCUUGUUAAUGAGCAUCCUGGACUGCAGGGGUGUGGACCCCAGCUCUCUCUGUCUGGCCCUUGGGUCUCUCCUCAAGCCAUUCCCCACUCAUGGUCCCUGCCCUGCAAUCUCCUUUAAUGUGUCCUUGAAAUGUGAGGAUGCCUCUUAUUUAUCUGGGAGAGAGGGGUGUGUGUGUGUGUGUGUGUGUGUGUGUGUGUGUAUGAGAAAGAGAGAGAAACCUCUGGCUCUUCAUGGCCAGAAUGUAGCCUACUGUAGAAAAGCAAGCAUCACAUCCAUAGCCCCACCCACCUUUUGCCUCUGCACCUCCCCCGCCCCCUGGCAUGCCCUCCCCAGCGAGCUGCCUAUGAAGGGAUGCAGCCCUUUUCUGAAAACCACUUCCCCACGCCCACUGCACUGCCUACUCACGUCACCUAUAGGAAAUUCCCACAGAUCAUUUGAGCAUGUGGCAGGCAUCUUCCAUCACUUUUUCAGCAUUCUUGAUCCCUGGCAAACAUGAUGGAAUUUUAACCCCCAACCUCUGGCUGGCAACAUUCCAAAACGUAUUUGGAACCUCUUCUUCUGAAUUACUUUGUCUGUGUUGGGAGAGGAGGAAGUGAUAUUCAGAAUCUUGUAGAGAAUUUGCAGUCCAGGGGAACCGGCUAUGAAUACAUCCAUCGUCAUUUAUUUAUGGGGCAACUGGCUGUAAAUCCAUGGUGAGGAAAAUGGUGCUUGCUAAAUACACUUCUCCAAUCUUUUUGAAGCUGUGGGUUAAACCACAGAGCUUAGGACUUGCUGAUCAGAAGGUCUGUGGUUCGAAUCGCCGCGACGCGGUGAGCUCCUGUUACUCGGUCCCUGCUCCUGCCAACCUAGCAGUUCAAAAGCACGUCAAAGUGCAAGUAGAUAAAUAGGUACCGCUCUGGCGGGAAGGUAAACAGUGUUUCCAUGCACUGCUCUGGUUCGCCAGAAGCGGCUUAGUCAUGCUGGCCACAUGACCCGGAAGCUGUAUGCCGGCUCCCUCAGCCAAUAAAGCGAGAUGAGUGCUGCAACCCCAGAGUCGGCCACGACUGGACCUAACGGUCAGGGGUCCCUUUACCUUUUUAUACUCGUGGUCAAGCCCUGUACUGUUGGACCAAACAUGUUAAAAAGUGGUGCAUUCCUUGCAAUAUGAGCUUUCCUGGUGGAAGGCAGCUGUGCUGCAGGAGUGCUCUUCUGAUAUUGAGAGUUUUUGCUCCCCAAAAUUAGAGCCUCUGAGUGCUCCAGCAUUUCUAAAAGAAGGGACACAUUCUCUUAUAUGAAAAGACCUUGAAUCCUUUGUAAGGAUUCAUCUUAAAGACAUAGCUGGUCUGUGAGCUGAACUGCACCAAGCCUUGCCUCAUCUCUCUGCUGCUGGAAAUGAAUUAGGACUGCUGGGGGAACAGAAGCUUCCCAGGGAAGCAGGAAAAAAGCGUGUGCUGAGACUUCUUAAAGGUACACAUCAUUAAAAAGAGCUUUGGCUACUGCUUUACAUCCCCCCCCCUCUCUCUCCCUUGCUCAUAAAGAGAAUUGCUGCCAUUAUGUUUAACAGGCUCCUUUUGACUUGGUCCUUGGCACUGGACACUGGAAUUGCCACAGCCAAGGGAUUAAUGAGAAGGGCAGAGAGGGCUGGUUCCCAGUGGACUUGGAACUGAACCUGGCAAAGCUCCCAGCCAGAGCAAAGGUAACGCGUGUCAGCGAGGGAAUCUGAGCUUGCCGCAGCAAAGCUCCAAACAUGACGUGUCUGUUGUUAACACAGCGAGAGCUGGCAACAGCAAGUGACUGCUUUUUAUCGUAGUCGCUUAAAGUUUGGGCUACUGCUCCAAAAGGAGUAAGUCUACGUUGCAGCUUCCUUUCCCAUUCUAGGGACUUGGAAGAAGGAGCAGGCAACGGCUUUGCAUCAGGAGUAGCGUACUGUAAAAAAGCCUAUGACGGCACCACAAUUCACCGUACUUACUCUUAGCUCAGUUUAAUGAGACACUGCUUUGAGCUUGACAGUGUGGCGUCUCACUUUCUGAAUCCCAAGGGUGUGUUUGGGGGAAGGGCUGUAGCUCCGGGAUAGAUAUCAGCUUUGCUUGCAGAAGAUCUCUGGUUCCCUAGCAUCUCCAGGUACAGCUGCUAAUGUCCCCUGCCUGAAAACCUGGAUAGCUGCUGCAACUCAGUGUAGAAAGUAUUGAACUUGAUGGACCGAUUGAGUGGACAUGAGGCAGCUUCCUAUGUUCCUAAAUAUAUGCAUGACCACAAAGCCAGCAGCCUCAUGAGUGAUCUUGUAGGUGAAUAUAUUUAUGUAGGCUACAGUAUAGAGGGCUACACAGAUAGCUUUCCCACCCCAGGCCACCAGCCUUCUAGCCAUCAAGCAAGCUGCUUCUCAAACAAUUUUAGAAGGGAUAUUUGAAGUUAUUGGGUGAAGCCCCCUUGCUCAGGGCAGGAAUCUUGCAACUACAGAAUCUCUGCCAGACACAGAGCCUCUGCUGGAGUAUGUCCAGCGGGGAGCCCAUCACCUCUCUAGGUUCUUGCCAUUGGGAAGCAUCCCCUAAUGUUUAGAAGGAGAUCCCUUCCCUGCAAUUUUCAUCUGCUAGUUCCAGAAUUUCCCUCUGGAUGUGUGAAAUAGAGAACAAGUCUGCUCCGUCUUUUAAGUGGCAAGUCCUCCGGACAUUUGAGUGCAUGCUAUCAUGUUUCCUGUUAGCCUUCUCUCCUCCAGACUAAACAUGCCCAGCUAUUUCAAUCAUUCCUCAUGGGCCUUGGUUUCUGGACCAUAGCUGUCAACUUUUCCCUUUUCUUGCAAGGAAUCCUAUUCAGAAUAAGGGAAUUUCCCUUUUAAAAAAGGGAAACGUUGACAUCUAUGUUCUAGACCUCUUGCCAUCUGGUUGCCCUCCUGUGUGUUUCUCGAGGGCUGCAAUUGCUAUUCAGACAAAGUCAAAAGCAUCUUUGGGUACAUUCAAAUGGCUGAGUACAAGGAAAGGUGCUCUGUGCCUUUCAGUUGCAGUGUGCUGAAGCUUAGUAGUGGAGUCUUAGUUUUGUGCAUGAGUUCAUGCACAAAUUAGAAGCUGGCCUCUUAUUCACAGUCCAGUGCAUCCUUUAGAUUCCUCAUGGAUCCUCAUACUUAUUCUUUUUUAAAUAUGUUGAUAGCCCUUUUGACCAUGAAGAAAAUUGUUUUAAAAUGGCACCAUUAUCUGCUUGAGAGUUGAUAUAUGUGGAGCUUUUUAGAGACAGAAAUGGGAGCAUGUCAUUCUGCAUUCUCCAUCCUUCCCCACAGACCCAUUUAGUUCCUGUUCAUUCCUGCACUGCAGAUUCUCACUAGUAUUCCAUGAGUCAGCAUUUCUUUCCACACUUCUUGUGUUCAGUUAGAUGAUUCUAGAAUAUGGAAUAAACUAGUAGCUUUUCAGAAGCAGCAAACACCAGCCUGUCCAGCUGCCUGCACUUCAGCAAAAGCCCAAGGAGGUCACUUCUACCAUGGAGCUUUUUCAGAUUAGGAAGUGCUGGCAGCCAGGGAGACUGCAGGGUGCUGGAGUAGUGGAAAGAAAAACACGGCUCCUUCAGCCACCUCACAACAAUAAAGUCUGCUCAACCCUGCACUCACAACUCUAAAGCAGCCAUCAAACGAGGCAUUAAAAUGGAAGCCCAUUUUGGGCGAAGAAAACUUCUGAGAAAUCCAACAGGUUUCUGCACAAUGAUACCAUGUUGGAGCAGAACACUCAUGGAGUAUGAUUCUGCUCUGUGAUAGAAUUUGGCUUUCUGGAUUGGUGGAUUUCUUCGAUUUGAGCCUCAGCUUGGCCUGCAAGCCAGCACACACCUACUCAGUUCCAUGCACCUGAAAGCAGCUGCUUUUUAAUAAUUGAUAACUGGCCUGGCAAAUUAAGUAAAUUGCAUUAUCUAGAAGAAUAUGAAUUUAUUUUUUUCUUCUCUCUCGCUCUUUGGUUUGUGGGGGGUUAUAGAACUCUCUGUAAAAUUCCUAGUAGCUUCUCUCAUCCAACAAACUUAACAACCCUGUGUUUUUUAUUUCCCUAGAGGCAGCAUCACGGUCGUUCCCACUGCUCCAAGAUGCCCUGCAGGACCGAGCUUGUUUAAAUGACGGGAGCCACAGAACUGGCCACUGGCUGACUCCAAGAGCAAGUUUAUCCAAACAGAUGGGGAAGACAUUCCAGAAAAAUGUCUUUAUAGGACAUCCUGCUUUGCCAGGAACUUGUUCAACAGGACAGCUUGCAGCAGGAAUUUUGCAAGCUCAGCUCCGCAGCCAUUGCAUUUGCCAAAAGAACUUGAGCUUAACUUUGGCAGCAAAGUGCCUUAGGACAGGAACUUCUAUCCCUCAGCAGGCUUUUCACAUGAUUAGAGGCAUUCACUCUGGGGUGACCAGGAGCGAAGCAGAGGAGAAGAACCAGGGACCUCUUCCCAGUGGCCAAUUUCUUAGUGCCUCAGAUCGUCUAACCCACAUUGACCAGGAGGGUCGUGCCUCCAUGGUGGAUGUGGGCAGGAAGCUGGAUUCUGAACGGACUGCAGUGGCCAGUGCUGUGGUCCGUCUGGGCGAGAAAGCAUUUGCCUUGGUGCAACAGAACCAAAUGAAAAAGGGGGAUGUGCUAGCAGUUGCCCAGAUAGCCGGGAUUCAGGGAGCCAAGCUGACCAGCCAGUUGAUUCCACUGUGCCACAACGUCCCACUGAGUCUGGUGGACGUCUCCCUGAGUCUCGAUGAGAGGAGGCAUGCAGUGGUGAUUCAGGCUCUGUGCCGCACCUAUGGGAAAACCGGUGUGGAAAUGGAAGCCUUGACCGCUGCCAGCCUAGCUGCCUUGACCGUCUAUGAUAUGUGCAAAGCAGUUACUCACGACAUGGUCAUUGAGGAGGUGAAACUGCUCAGCAAGAAAGGAGGGCAAAGAGGAGACUUCCAGAGAGGCUAACGUAGGUCUAAAGUUUCCGAACCAAGGCAUCACUUGCCGGUCAUCAAAGGCAGCACCAUCACAUACUAGGAAGUGGAGAUCUAGCUGCUGGGAAUUACAAAGCACAACUUGAGUUAUCGAUCAUCUUGGCAGCUGUUUUAAAUGACUUGACUUUCCUGUAUGAAACAGACAUCGUUCAUCUCAUUUGCCUGCCUAUGUAGUAAAUGGUCUCCUUGGCAGUAGUGUUGAAGUUCUCAUCUUCCUAGGGUUUCUUUGGCUUCCUGAAGUGUAGCUGUACUGAGCACCUUAACUAUUCUCAGUGUACAAGGCUACAGUCCCCACUAUUCAUGGCUGUCCAUCUUUUGGCACCUGCACUAAAAACAUAUGCAUAAUAAGAUUUCCACUGGUGUAGAAUAAUAUGAUCCAGAACUAGGAAUUCAGGCAGAGACACACAAAAAAGUGAUUAGAAUUUUCAAGCAAGUGAACAAUGAUUUUUAAUACUUGGGCCUAACACUGGAAAAUAUAUACUAUUUUUUACCACUUUGGCCAAAUAACACUUCAGUACGGUGAGAAUAGGCUACAUUUCAUCCUUGAAAAUGGAAAACAGGUGUUUGUCAACUGAGAAAACUGAUGCUAAAUACUCAAAUUAGUCCCAGUAAUGCUGUGAGACUCUUGCUUCCAGUGGUGUUGAAUGUUAAUGGGGCAUUUUAAUUCUCACAACAGAAUUGUGCUGAACACGGCUACCAUUUAUCUUCCAGUCGUUAAAUGUUCUGGAAAAUAGGUCUCCCUUCAUCAAAAUUAUUAUUUUUUAAAGCUAUAGGCUUGUUUCUUUUCUGCAAGAUACUGGAAGGAGUACAGUUUCGGGAUACACACUCCUUUGUGCCAAAUCCAGUCACUGGGCUACAUUUCUGUCACCACUCCAAAACAUUUCCAUCCUGUUUCUAUAGAACCUGCUGGAUCACCAAAUCCCCCAGGCUCUUCAAGGUAGCGUUCAAGAUGAUGGAAUCCUCUGUGAGUAGCACACUAAAAUGGCAACAAAUAUAGGAAAACAGUGUCUUCCAAUUCCCCCACAUACAGUUGAUGAUGGUGUUAGGAUGUAAGGAUUUUAAUGAAACCCAAGUGUCUGGAAUUGGGAAAGCUCAUUCUGAGCAUUAUUGGCCAUAAAAUUUUAUCAGCAGGACUUAAUGUUUAAAUGCAUCCUUCUUACACAUACUGACCCCCAACUUCACCACAUGCCCCCCUCUCAUGUGUGCAGAGCAGUGUGUGCACAUUUUUGUCUUUAGGAAAGCAAUGAUCAUUCUGUUUAUUAUUAUUAUUUUUUGCAAACUCCUUGACAAUUAAACUUCAGAAGUGACAUUUUUAAAACUUACAGAUUAAAAGCUUGACUUUGCAUUUUUAAUACUUCUGCUGCUCUUUCUUUCUUUCAUGGUUGUUCUGAGGAUAUAUGAACAUUUGUUUCAGUCCUGCAAUUUACCUGCUUUUCGUUUUCAGAUUGUAUCAGGAAUCUCAUUCGAAAUUUUAAAUUGUGUUCUUUGACCUAAGAUUGCCGCACCAUAAAAUAAAUGCCUUCCUUGGAUGGGGUCUUACAACAUCAAAAAUCCGCCAUGUCCACCGUAAAUGCCUCCUAUACAUAUCCUCAUGAAAAGAAUAAGAAGCACAGGAAUACAGCUGUGACUUGUGUAAAAGAAGAUGUUUUCCAAUGGAUCUUCUGAUAUACCAGGUGUUGCAGGAAGGCAUUGGCCUAGGGAUGUUAGGAAACUGCUCCAAUCUAGUUAAAGUCGAUAACAAAAGAGAAGUUUCCCAUGUGAGUGUUUCCGUGACUUUUGCACCUUCAGCAAUAGUUGGCAUGCAAGCUAAUGUAGAUAACACAGUAAACCGAGUUGUAUACUCAACAUGGAGACAAUAAUACAUCUCCCACCUACCAAAUGUGAAUGAGUUCCUUUCUUUCUUUUUAAAAAUUGAACUAUAUAAAGUGUACAUUUGGGGGUUUUCGCUUUCUAGUUGUAAACGCAUAGGCGUGAUUUCUUUUUAAAGGGCUUGGAAAUUAACUUUAUCUCACGAACGGAAAACUUGCUACAAAUGCUGGUUCUGAAUACAUUUGUGUUACUUUCUGAAAAACUGUCCAAUAAUUGAAAUCAGGGUACCCAGAUGUGGUUUUGUUACAGUUGCCCCUGAAGUUUGUCUGCAGGGGGAAAGAUGGGGCUUCAUGCUUACGGGUUUGGCAAAAUUUUGAUCCAUUUUUAAAAGAGGUCAUUUUAUAUUUAAAGUGAGUUGUUAAGCACAUUUUCUGGUGUGCCAUAAUCAAUCACUAUAUGAUUCUUGGAUCUAUGUACAAGUUUGGUAUGUUUUCUAGAUAAUGGUGUACUUGGGAUAUAAUGAUUUACGCACAGAUUUACUGAAGCACUGAGAUUUUAUUUUAUUGCUCUACUGCACUUUUAAUAAAUAACAAUUGCAA